UAAGAAAGCACACAUAACACGUGCGCCUUGUUGACAAUUUGGAAUCGUUAUUCACACUGAGUUGCAAAGCAUUCGUUGAAAUAUGGCAAAGAAGAAAAAAGGUUCAGUAGACAAAGUGCUUUCCAAGAAAAAGAAUGUGGAGACGAAAGUGAAUCCCUUUGAAGUGAAGCUGAAUAAACAGAAGCAUGACAUUUUGGGCAAGAAGAUGUCCAAAUUUGACAAGGGGGCUCCUGGACUGUCUCGUUCCAAGGCAAUGAGGAAGAGAAAGGAGAAACUUCUGAAGGAGUUGGAACAGAAGGAUAGUGCCAAUGUGUUCAUAGAUAAACGUCUGGGCGAGAACAAUCCAAAUCUGAGUGUGGAGGAGAAGAUGACCCAGAGAUUUGCCCUGGAGAAAAAGAGAAGUCAUGAGAAGGGCUCCCUGUUUAACCUGGAUGAGGACAUAGAACUGACCCAUUAUGGCCAGUCCCUGGCUGAGAUGGAGAAGUUUGAGGCUCCAGAGAUCAGUGAUGAUGAUCUGGAUGCAGGCAAUCUCGAUGGUGAUGUGUCAUCAGAACUUUUUGGAGGAUUUCUAAAAAAGUCUGAUGAAAAAGGUGAUGACAAGCCAUGGAAAGAAAGGCUUCAAGAGAUCAUCAGUAAAUCUAAAAAGGCAAAGCAAGAAAGACAGACAGAGCGGGACCAGGCUGUUGAGAUGACAGAGAAAUUGGACCAGCAGUGGAAAGAGUUGCAGGCCCUUGUCACGGGGUCAAAGAAAGGUGGCAAGGUUGAAGAACCCGCUCGUCAGGUGGAUGACUACGACAUUGCUGUGAGGGAACUCAAGUUUGAAAUCAAAGGAACGCCUUCAGAUCGCUUGAAAACAGAGGAGGAACUUGCACAGGAAGAAGUGGAGAGGCUCCAAAAUCUAGAGGCUGACCGUCAGAGACGAAUGAGAGGUGUGAUAGAGGAGAAAACAGCGGCCUCAUCCCAUGUCUCUGCUGAUGACCUCUCUGACUGCUAUGCAGUGGAUAAAAAGUUUCGCCAGGUAUUAAAAUAUGAAGAAGGCAAAGUUUGUGAUGACGCUUCGGAGGAUGGAGAGGAUGAAGGUGCAGAUGAGGAUAAGGAUUAUCAGUCAGAGGAUGAAGACAAAGAAUCUGAGGAAGAUGCAAGUGGAGGCGAGGUAGAAGAUGAAGACAGUGAUUCUUCAGAUGACGACAGUUUUGCUGAUAUUGAAUCUGAUGACGAUGAUGACGCUAAAAAUUCUCAGAGAGACAUCGGCAAAACUGAACCUAAGAAGCCAGAUGAAGAAACAAAAACCAAAUCUACUCAACGAGUUGAUCUUAAGGCAAGGAAGGAGGUUAUGGAAGCUGCUAGAAAAGAACUUCCCUACACGUUUGAAGUUCCAGGCAGCUAUGAGGAGCUGGUGGAGUUACUACAGGAGCACAGCAUCAUGGACCAGCUGGUUAUCCUACAGAGGAUGAAACAGUGUAAUCAUCCUAGCUUGGCCGAGGGAAACAAGCAAAAACUAGAGGGCCUGUUCUCCCUGAUGUUGGAGUAUGUGGGCCUGGCUGUGGAGUCUGACCCUCCUCAGCUUGGGCUAGUGGAUAACCUCACCCCUCUCCUGUACGACCUCUGCCAGCUCUCUCCUGUACAAUGUGCUCAGUCCAUGCUGCAGGUCAUCCGCAAUCAUCAGGGGGAAUUCCAGAAUCAGGCAGAGAGCAGGAAGAUCAGGGGAUUCCCCACAUUAGAUGUGUUGAUCCACCUCAAACUGGUAUCUGUGUUAUUUCCCACAUCAGAUUUUCGUCACUCCGUCGUCACUCCUACAAUGCUGUUCAUGAGUCAGCUCUUAUCACAAUGCCCUGUAGUCCAUGAGAGAGACGCAGCAGCAGGCUUGUACCUGUGUACUCUAGUCUAUGAGUAUGUGAGCUCUUCCAAAAGAUAUUUCCCAGAGGCCAUUAAUUUUCUCAGAGGGUUAUUGUUUUUAGCUGCGGAGAAAUCAAAGGACAAAGUUGAAUCUGUUUUACCGCCAUUUAAGCCAGUAGGGAAAUCUGUUGACCUUCUGAAGGUCGAGAAAAAAGAUUUAAGUGAUAUAUCUAUGACCGAGCGCCUGACCAUCUCCCAAACCCUGUCCUCUUCCCUGUAUAAAAGCUCGUUAAAUACAGAUGAGUUUAGGGUAAAAAUGAUAUCAUCAUGUCUUGACCUGAGCCUGAAGUUCUCACAGUUGUAUGAAGAGUUAUCUGCCCAUUCUGAGAUAUUUCAACCCUUGGAUCAAAUGAUUGGAAAACUUCCCAAAGGUGUCAGCCAUUUACUGAAGGAGAAAAUCUCAUCUCUCAAAGAGCACAUAGCAGCUGUAAAAUGCAGGACAAGAAAAUACCUUUCCAUGCAGAGCAAAAAACCACAACCUUUGAAAAUGUUUGAACCCAAAAUAGAAACAAUAUUUGAUGGUAAGAAGAAGAGGAGUGGAGGCGACAAGGAGUAUAAUGAGCGUCAGAGGUUGAUACACAAACACCGUCGCGAGAUGAAGGGGGCAAUACGAGAAAUCCGCAGAGAUGUACAGUUCAUAGGAAGACAGCAACUGGAUGCACAAAUACAGAAGGACAAGGAGAGAAAGAAGAGAGUGCGCGACAUACACCAGAUGUUGGCAGAACAGGAAGGGGACUUUAAGGCUCUGAAGCGGAAGAAAAAGAGCUGAUCCUAGCUUGUCCAAAAGAUUUCCAAAAAAAAA